AUGGGCAACGUUUGUCUGAGGUUCAUGGCAUACUUGAAACCCUGUCUCCCAUGCCUGUUCAAGGAGGCCGACAAGGACAAGCCGGUGGUGAUUGAGAACCCAGUGGCCCGCUGCUCCCCUGAGGCUUGCAGGUCACAGAACCAGGAGCUCGAGAGAAGCCGCGGUCACUACUUUGUGGCUCUGUUUGAUUACCAGGCUCGGACCGCAGAGGACCUGAGCUUCCGCGCUGGCGACAAGCUCCAAGUCCUGGACACUUCCCAGGAGGGCUGGUGGUUCGCCAGGCACUUGGAGAAAAGGGGAGAUAGCUCUGGCCAACUGCUGCAGGGCUAUAUUCCGUCUAACUAUGUGGCCGAGGACAGGAGCCUGCAGGCAGAGCCGUGGUUCUUUGGAUCAAUCAAGAGAACAGAUGCAGAAAAACAACUAUUAUAUCCAAAAAACCAGACUGGUGCCUUUCUAAUCAGAGAAAGUGAAAGCCAAAAAGGAGAUUUCGCCCUUUCAGUUUUAGAUGAAGGGGUUGUGAAACACUACAGGAUCAGAAGACUGGAUGAAGGGGCGUUUUUCCUUACCCAGAAAAGAACCUUUGCAACACUGAAUGAGUUUGUGAGCCAUUACACCAAGGCAAGCGAUGGCCUGUGUGUCCAGCUAAGAAAACCAUGCUUAAAGGUACAAGUACCAGUGACUUAUGAUUUGUCGUAUAAAACCGUGGACCAGUGGGAGAUAGACCGCAAGUCCAUACAGCUUCUGAAGCGAUUAGGAUCUGGUCAGUUUGGUGAAGUGUGGGAAGGCCUAUGGAACAAUACCACUCCUGUAGCAGUAAAAACAUUAAAACCAGGUUCAAUGGAUCCAAAAGACUUCCUGAGGGAGGCACAGAUAAUGAAGAACCUAAGACAUCCAAAGCUUAUCCAGCUUUAUGCUGUUUGCACUUUAGAAGAUCCAAUUUAUAUUAUUACAGAGUUGAUGAGACAUGGAAGUCUGCAAGAAUAUCUCCAAAAUGAUGCUGGAACAAAAAUCCACCUGACCCAGCAGGUAGACAUGGCAGCACAGGUUGCCUCUGGAAUGGCUUAUCUGGAGUCCCAGAACUACAUCCACAGAGAUCUGGCUGCCAGAAAUGUCCUUGUUGGUGAACAUAACAUCUACAAAGUUGCAGAUUUUGGACUUGCAAGGGUUUUUAAGGUAGAUAAUGAAGUCAUCUAUGAAUCCAAACAUGACAUAAAGCUACCAGUGAAGUGGACUGCGCCUGAAGCCAUUCGUAGUAAUAAAUUCAGCAUUAAGUCUGAUGUGUGGUCAUUUGGAAUCCUUCUUUAUGAAAUCAUUACUUAUGGCAAAAUACCUUAUAGUGGCAUGACGGGUGCUCAGGUAAUCCAGUUGUUGGGUCAAAACUACAGACUCCCUCAACCACCUGACUGUCCACAGAAAUUCUACGACAUCAUGAUGGAGUGCUGGAAUGCAGAGCCUAAAAAACGGCCAACGUUUGACGUGCUGCACUGGAAACUUGAAGACUAUUAUGAGACAGAAUUUUCCUAUUCAGAGGCAAAUGACUUCAUAGGAUGAACACUGAAGAAGAACACUAAAUAAUGAAGUAGCAAAAAAGUUCAAUAAUCAGCCCAGAAAUAAACCUUAUUAAUCAACUGUGAAAAGAGCUUACCUUGACAUAUUCAAGA